AUGCGAUUGACUGCCAGUGACUGCUUUGGAAGCAACAUCGAAAAGCACUUCGCCCCUCUGGGCUGCACGAGCACGCUAGUCCCUACGCCGUUAGCCCGCUUACCAAUUCGUGUUCCACCCAAUAGGAACCAGCCGAGUAGUGGUGGAUACGGCGGGGUGAAAGGGACCAGCACCGUAUCUCCAGGCAGCAGCGCUCAUUCUGGCGACAAGGCGGAAUGCGAGGCUUUCACGACUCCCUCGCUCAUCUCGCCCUCAACCAUCUCUGACUCUCUCACCCUCCUCCUCCAUCUCCCAAGACACGAACCCGUCAAGUCUCACCCGUGGCCACGAAUCCACAUUGCGUUGCCCCUCUACACAGAAUCCAGCAGAAGACUCGAUUCCACAGGCAAUCUUGUUUCGAAAUCCCGCCGGACUUCCAUCGUCUCUAUAUACUUCUGUCAACAUCGAGUCGAUACCGCGUUUAGGCAGCCACCAGCCUUACCUCGAAGCCUCCCCCAUCGACGUGUCCUGAUCCUCUUUGUCUCUUCACGACUUGAUCUUGUUGUUGCGAGACGACAAAGGCGAAUAUACUUCACCUCGACGGCGAACACAUUGGACCCGGCGACUGUAUCUGGACGGGCCGCCCCGCGAGCAAACGGGUGA